AUGGGCGCGAUCAAGAAAGCAUCGGGAUCUUCUCACAAAGCUGUUAUACUGCCUUAUUUAAUCAAGUACAUACCCAAGAAUUAUAAUUCUAAGCGUACCGUAGACGAGACUAAGGUAUAUGCAUUCGACUUGGACCACACUAUUAUAAAGCCCAAGUUUGGUGGAAGGUUCAGCAAAAGCGAAAAUGACUGGACGUUUAUGACAUUCAAAUCCGGCCAAGAUGAAAGCUCAGUAGAGACAAUCGACACUUUAAGGGAUCUUUUAAGUGCCAAUGAAAAUACGCAAGUUGUUAUAUUUUCAAAUCAAGGCGCUACGGUGACGGUACCACCAACCUCGAAAAGCUGUACGAAAUUUACAGGAAAAAUAGCGCUUAUUUUGCAAGCAAUUGCUGAUCGUGGUCUGAAGCUGGAGGAAAGAAUUUGGCUCUAUGCGUCACCCAAGAAACCUGCGUCUUUUUCUUCUAACAAAAAAGCUAAGGGCAACACUGCAAACAAAGUAAUGAAAAAUAGCCCGUUUUCUAAACUGAAGACACCUCAACCUAUGGCUGACAGUCUUAUUUUUGAGUCAAUGCGAAAGCCCAAUGUUGGAAUGUUUGAAGAGUUCACCAAAGACUUCGGUCAAAAAUUCAAACUGGAAUAUUACUGUGGAGACGCAGCGGGACGCCCAACUGAUUUCAGCGACUCAGAUAAACUAUUUGCAUUGGCGAUCGAGGCCAAGUUUCUAUCGCCUGAAGAGGUGUUCGUUCCCCGGUAA